AUGGAAGUUGUACUGGGUCUUGGCGACCAAGGCCGGGCUGCCGGAGCGGAGGGGGCAGCCUCCGUCGCCUCGCAAGGGGGGCGGCGAAGGUCCCCCCAUCGACGCACGGGGACACGACCAUUCGGAGGAACAGGCGGCGAUAGCGCCAUAAUAAUGCAAGAGCUGCGCCACCGAGUCCAGAACCUGGAGCGGCAGCUUGCCGACAGGGAGCGGGACGGACGUUCUACCGAUCCGAGCUAUACCCCGUCUCCCGGAAGCGAGGAGGAAGACUCUUACCGAAGCCGCCCGCGGACGGAGGCAGAGAGUUCGCGGGAGGAGUCACCCAUAAUGAGGAGACGAAAUGACACGAUCAUCUACUCCCGAGGCAGACCGACCCAUCGAGCGACAAGAGGUCACGAAGACGGAAGAACACGACAACCUGUGAUAAUGGGCGCCACCCCAUUCCACCGAUCUAUCCUCGAGGUCCGGCUGCCGAAACACUUCGACAAGCCAACGGACAUGAGGUACGACGGAACUCAAGACCCUCUAGAACACCUGACGGCCUUCGAGGCCAGGAUGAAUCUAGAGGGAGUAGGCGACGAAGUGAGAUGCCGUGCCUUCCCGGUGACCUUAGCAGGACCAGCGAUCAAAUGGUUUAACGGCCUCCCUCAAGGUUCUAUCUACAAUUUCUCAGACAUCAGCCGCGCAUUCCUGGCUCAAUUCACAACGCGAAUAACAAAGGCCAAGCAUCCUAUCAACCUUCUCGGGGUAACCCAAAGACAGGGAGAGCCGACCAGGAGGUACUUAGAUCGGUUCAACGACGAAUGCUUGGAAAUCGACGGCUUAACCGAUUCGGUGGCCAGUCUCUGCCUGACGAACGGCCUCCUUAACGAGAACUUCCGAAAGCACCUUACAACGAAACCGGUUUGGACGAUGCAUGAAAUCCAAACGGUGGCCAAAGAAUACAUAAACGAUGAAGAAGUCAGCCGAGUCGUGGCUGCCAAUAAGCGGCAGUCCGGUUACGGCCAGGCUCGUCAGUUCGGUGGCGACGGGGAGAGGGCGAAAGAAAAGGCCAGGGAGGAGGCGCCAAACAAAGCACCUAGACCGUUCCCUCGAGUGGGGAAAUUUACUAACUACACUCCACUCACCAUCCCCAUCAUGGAAGUCUACCAACAAAUUGCGGAGAAAGGAAUUUUCCCGAAGCCCCGACCACUCAAGGACCGCACAGGCGGAAACAAGAACCUUUAUUGUGAUUACCAUAAGGGAUAUGGCCACCAAACGCAGGACUGUUUCGACUUGAAGGAUGUCUUAGAGCAAGCGAUAAGGGAAGGAAAGCUGGCAGCGUUCUCCCAUCUCAUCAGGGAGCCGAGAAGGCGUUAUCGCGACCAGGACGAGGAAGGCAAGACACGCCCGGUCAAGCGGCGACAAGAGCCUGAAGACAGAGACCACGGCCUCACGGUGAUAAACGUGGUAACGGCAAAGAACACUGCACCAAAAUCCCGGUCGGCACACAAGAAAGACGCCAAGGUUCUGGCGAUCUCAUCUUCACCAGUGCAGAGUACCAAAAAACCCCCGUCCAUUUCUUUCGGCCCAGAAGAUCAAUGGUUCAGCGACGCCCCGGAAAACCCUCCCAUGGUCAUCACGGCCAGAGUGGGAACCGGCCUCGUCAAACGGAUCCUUGUCGACACUGGGGCCGACUCAAACAUCAUGUUCCGAAACGUGUUCGACGCACUGGGGCUGAAGGAUGCCGACCUGACGACCCACCAGCACGAGGUUAUCGGGUUAGGCGACCACUUCAUCAAACCAGACGGAGUCAUUUCCCUACCGAUCUCGGUAGGACAGAUGCAAGGCCGAAGAUCGGCGAUGGCCGAAUUCGUGAUCCUCCGAGACUCCACAGCCUACAAUAUCAUCUUGGGAAGGAAGACAAUCAAUGAUUUUGAGGCCAUAAUCAACACCAAGCUACUAGUUAUGAAGUUCGUCACCGAUGAUGGAUCCAUAGGGACCAUAAGAGGAGACCUCGAGACGGCGGUCGCCUGCGACAACGCCAGCCUUUCCCUCAGAAAAAAGUCCAAGGAAGCAUCCGGCGUAUUCCUAGCCGACCUCGAUGCCAGAGUAGAGGACAACCCGAGGCCGGAACCAGAAGGGGACCUGGAGAAAUUUAGCAUCGGUGACGAAGGGGAAAGAUUCACAUUCGUUAACAAGAACCUCCCGCAUGAGUUGAAGGAGCCUUUGAUUGAAAUGAUAAGGGCCAACAAGGACCUGUUCGCAUGGACGCCAGCCGACAUGCCGGGCAUUGAUCCACAAAUCAUUACACACCACCUAGCCGUCAAGACGGAAGCACGCCCAGUGGCUCAACGAAGGAGAAAGAUGUCGGCGGAAAGAGCAGAGGAGGUAGCCAAGCAAACGGCCGGCCUCCUAGAAGCAGGCUUCAUACGAGAAGUGGACUACUCGACGUGGCUCUCAAACGUGAUGCACUCGUCGACGCCGCGGCGGGGUACCGGUAUCUGA